GCAAGCAACUGGAGUCUUUGUCCUUCACACCUGCUAGGAUGACUUCUGACUGUUCCCCCACCUGCUGCUCCUCCGAGUCCGGUGCUAAGUCUUCCGACGGUGCAAUUGCUUCCGCCUGUUCCAUGGAAACCACCUGUCUCCCCAGUGCCUGUGCUCCAUCCAGAUGCCAGACCCCCAGCUUCCUAUCCCGCUCUUGCCUGCCAGCCAGGUGCCUCACGCCGUGCUGCUUUGCUGGGAGUUGUAAUGAUCCGUGCUUGGUGGGGAACUGUGCUUGGUGUGAGGAGGGUGCAUUCAACAGCCAUGAGAAGGAGACGAUGCAGUUCCUGAAUGACAGACUUGCCAACUAUCUGGAGAAGGUGCGCGGGCUGGAGGAGUUGAACGCAGAGCUGGAACGCAGGAUCCGAGAGCAGCGUGAAGAGGAUGUCCCACUGGUGUGCCCUGAUUAUCAGUGUUACUUCGACACCAUUGAAGAUCUCCAACAAAAGAUCCUGUGCACAAAGGCAGAGAAUUCUAGACUUGCUGUACAGCUUGACAACUGCAAACUGGCUGCUGAUGACUUCAGGUCAAAGUACGAGUCUGAACUAUCUCUUCACCAGCUGGUAGAGAAUGACAUCAGUGGCCUGCGUGGGAUCCUGGGGGAGCUGACCUUGUGCAAAUCCGACCUGGAGGCCCAUGUGGAGUCUCUGAAGGAAGAUCUCCUUUGCCUUAAGAACAAUCAUGAAAAGGAGGUCAGCGUGCUUCAUGGACAGCUGGGUGACCGACUCAAUGUGGAGCUAGAAACUGCCCCCACCACGGACCUCAACAGGGUCCUGGAUGAGAUGCGUUGCCAGUAUGAAACAGUGCUUGCCAACAACCACAGAGAUGUGGAAGAAUGGUUCGCUGUUCAGACGGAGGAGCUGAAUCAGCAGCAGCUGUCCAGCGCGGAGCAGCUGCAGGGCUGCCAGAUGGAGAUCUUGGAACUGAAACGCACAGCCAACGCUCUGGAAAUUGAGCUCCAAGCACAGCAAAGUCUGACAGAAUCCCUGGAAUGCACUGUGGCAGAAACCGAGGCCCAGUACAGCACCGAGCUGGCCCAGGUGCAGUGCCUGAUCGAUAACGUGGAGAACCAGCUGGCCGAGAUCCGCUGUGACCUGGAGCGGCAGAAUCAGGAGUACCAGGUGCUGCUGGACACAAAGGCCCGGCUGGAGGGCGAGAUCAACACGUACCGGGGGCUCCUUGAGAGGGAGGACAGCAGGCUUCCCUGUAACCCAUGUUCUGCAAAAAGCAUGUCAAGCAACACUUGUGAGCCAUGCUCGGCGUACAUAAUUUGCACAGUGGAAAACUGCUGUACGUGAAGGUUAAACACCCAGCACGGCAGACAGAGGAACAGAAGCCAGCAGCACCCUGGAAAGGAGAUGGUGCUUCAAUCAGGGACACCCAAACUUGAAACUCAAAGUUAAGAAGCCUUUCAUAUCCUAAAACUGUCCUCUAAGCAUCCAAGACGUGUUUCUGUUUCACCAUUCCCUCUCCUGAUGGUUAUUUGUGAUAUUCUAGGAGCAUAAAACUUUCUUGCUAUAAAGUUUUCUCCAAAUACAGUGUUUUCAUUCCUUUAGCA